CACUGCAGAAAGUCUAUGCAACAGCCUCAACCACCCAGUGUGUGUGUUUGCAGCCUGCAUAGCUUGCUGGCGGACUGUCACCUUCUUCUCCACUUGAAACUUCCAUUACUUUGCAUGAGAUAAGCCUACUUACUAAUCGUUCUCCCGGCCGUGAAAGCGCGUCAGUGUGGCCGUGUUCAGUUUCUAGUACGUUUCUAGUGCGACUUGCGAAGUGAAGAAAUCUUCGGAAGUGGAUUGUAGAAAACUUCACCAUCACGAUGCGAGCGAUUAACCUCGAUACCUAUAGCCUGUCACUGCUCACGGCCAAAGAGGACAUUCUCAACCCCCGCUCAUCAACCAACUGGGCUCUAUUUACCUACGAUGGGGUCACCAACAACCUCAAACUGGCUGACUCUGGAGCGGGUGGAGUGGUGGAGUUGUCAGGGAAGUUCCACAUAGCCAGGCCUUUGUAUGGGCUCUGCAGGGCUGGCUCAGCCGAGACAGGAGGCCCUCGGGUCGCCAUGAUCUGCUGGGUCGGGCCAAACGUGGAUGAAUACCGCAGGACGGAAUGUGCCAGCCAUGUGCCCGCUAUCAAGGCCUUCUUCAAGGAGGCUCAUGUGUUUAUCAGUGCUGAGAGUACUGAGGAUGUCACAGAGGAGAAGAUAGGCACUGAGCUCAGUAAAGUCCGCCCCCAGACAGAGCAUGUCAGAAGAAGCAGUCGGUCCAAGGACAAGGAGGAGACAGUGGGCACUAACUACAGGAAGACUAACGCUGCCAUGGAGAUGAGACGGGCCAACAGAGACUCCUUCUGGGCACGUGCAGAGCGUGAGGAGGAAGAGAGGAAGGAGGAAGAGCGGAAGCGAGCAGUGGAGGAGAGACGCCGUUGGGAGAAAGAGAGAGUGCUGAAGGAACGGAAAGAGGCUGACGAGAGGGAGAGGAAAAUGAACGAGAAACUACAGAUGAUCGAAGGGCAGAGGAGAAUGCAGGCCCAGCUGGAGGCAGAAGUGAGGAAGCAGGAGAAAUCAAGAUGGGAGCUGCAGCAGAGAGAGCAUGAGGAGGACAUGAGAGCUCGCUUGAGACGCAGCGAGUCCAUCGAGAAAGCAGCAGAGGCAGCAGUGCUGGUAUCACAGCGCUCCAUGAACCCCAGAGAGUUCUUCAGACAGCUGUCAUCAUCAUCGUCCCAAAGCCCAUCCAGCCCCGGCUCCCCCCGUACAGGCAAACCUCCAUUAAGGCGGUACCAGCGCAGCCUGACCGACACAGCAUUCAUCUUUGGGAAAUGGGACGGCCCCACUCCGACCUCCCCGCGCAGUCCAACAUUGGUUUCACCCUUCUCCCGUGUCCCCUCCUCCCCCUUCCACCGCACCAUGUCUCCACCCAGCACCAGCUUCCGCCCAAUCACCUCUCCCCAGAGCCCCCGCGCCCCCCUGGUGUCCCCUCCCACAUCACCCCUCCACUCCGCCCCUGCUGUCUCAGCCCGGCCUACCCUCCCAUCACCCAGCCCCCAGUCUCAGCCUCCAACCCAGCCCUCUGCCCCCCAGCCUCUCCAGGCUUCCUAGCCACCCUGACCCCCACCAUUCCAGAGAACCAGGACCAGGCUCAGGUUCUGCCACCAUUUCCCCCAGAUACCCCUCCCCAGUCCCAGCCUGAGUGCUCCCCCUCUCCACUAGUCUCCCUGGAGCCUGCCCCAGCACCACA